AGAAAGUGGGAAUUUGGGCGGGGCUUCGUGCGGGUGCCAGCUCCAGAAAUUCCUAGGUGUUGUCAUCGUCGCGUUCUUUAGUUUCAGACUGAGCAGGCGGAUUUUAAACGUACAUAAUGUGGCUCUAACCGCAGUUCUUUCGUUCUUUUUUACAUAGAUCGCUGGGGUAAUUGCUUUUUUACACUUUGGGCUGAAAGAUCUUGAGACUUGUCGAGAAAUAAGCUCGUAUCCGAACCGAAAAGCCCCGAGAUCUGAGCCAUGGAGGAGAGGAAGGAGGAGGGGGAAGCGCAGAUCCAGGAGCACGGCCCGGAGCAUUGGUUCUCCAAAUGGGAACGACAGUGUUUAGCCGAGGCCGAUCAAGAAGAACCGAGCGAAGAGGAGACAGAGCAGAGCCCACAGAAGCUAUGGCAUCUCUUCCAAAACUCCGCCACGGCUGUAGCACAACUAUAUAAAGAUAGAGUAUGUCAACAGCAGCAAGGCCUGUCCCUCUGGGUGCCCUUCCAGAACGCCGCCACUGCUGUCACUAACCUAUACAAAGAGAGCACAGAGGCCCGUCAGCGCAGCUAUGACUUGGGCAUUCAUGUCGGCUGCCAGCGCAGGAAUAAGGAGGUGAUCGCCUGGGUGAAGAAACGCAGAAGAACCAUCCGGCGUGAGGACCUCAUCAGCUUCCUGUGUGGAAAAGCCCCGCCCCCUCGGACAACUCGAGCCCCGCCCAGAGUGUCUGUGGUGUCAGCUAACCGGCCCGCCCCUCCAGAGACAGGAAGCUCUGUGGAGACGGACCUGCAGCCUUUCAGAGAGGCCAUCGCACUGCAUGGCCUCAGUGGUGCUAUGGCGAGUAUCUCUGUGCGCUCCGGGCCCCCUGGCUCCCCCACUCACCCCGCUCAGUCCCUGGGCCGGCGCAGGAAUGGCCUACACGAUGUGGACCUUAACACUUUUAUCGCCGAGGAGAUGGCGCUCCAUUUGGAUUCCACUGCCAACCGCAAACGUGGCCCUGCCCCCUGUAGUGACGUCAUCACAGACUCCCCCACUCAUAAACGCAACAGGAUGCUCUAGACUCUGCUCCUGUGCCAUGGACGGCUGAUGAAGACUCAUGCCUUGGCCCACUCUGAUACUAAUAAUAAAAGUCUGACUUUAGAUGACACACGUUCUCUUCUCUGCCCCUGUCCUGAGCACAGCCUGGUCUGAGCCUGGCCUCCUGUGGAUGGCCUUCUGUGGAAGGUCUUCAGGGGCUCUCAUCUGUCACAAUGGUCACACAUUGUCCUUAAGCUGAGGACCAGCCCAGCUUCCACCAACCAGUGUUCAAAGUCAGCGUAGUUGGCUGAGUGCAGCAAAGCAGCCAGUGUUCUGGCUCGUGCUUCCACAGUACGAUUCAGUCUGGGCAAAAUACAUUUGUCCAAACGCACAAAUGCAAAUGAAACAUGGAAGUUUAAUUCUGUCCUUGAGACUUUCCUAGUUUGAAUCUUACACAGCAUUUCUUGUACAAUACGUUGGGAGACAAAGUGUCAUGUGCAAACAACAAAGUUUAAAAAAAAACAUCAAGUAGUACAAGUAUACAACAUUCAGAUUAAUUUAUUAAUUUGUGUGAAUAAGUUGGAUGUUUAUAAUUAGUGAUGUCAAACAUGUCUCUAACCUGGUACUUCAAAUGCCAUGUGUAAUCAAGAUGCUUACUGGUCUGAGACUAGCUCAAACAUAUUCUAAUGUAGCAGUCGACUGGUUUAAAGGCCAUUACAUCUGACAUGUUAUCACUUACAUUAUACAAAUUGUUGUAGCAGUUUGGCAAAAAUGCAUACAACAUUGCUCUUGCUUUAUUGUAAAAUAAAGUCCAAUGUCACCAUUCUGCCUUUUUAUAUAACAAUCAUUUAUCUGAAAUGAACAUGGAUGAAGUAUUGGACACCUGAGUAGCUUUCUGCUUGGUGGAAACUGGGCAUUCCUCCUGCUCUACCUGGUCAAAGGAGCAGGCCUAACCCCAAACGUGUGCCCCUGAGCGGACAGCCCCUCACGCUUAUACCUGCUGCUCCACGUGCUCCACGACUCCACUGCCAUCAUAGGACUCUGCCUCUGCUGCUAAACCUGCUCCCAAUACUCUGUGCGUGUGAGAGAGAGAAUGUGGACUACUGGGCUUCAAAUUCCACAAAUGUGUGUUUUUUUUAAAUUCUGUAUUAGUUGUGGUAACUUGUAGCCAGUGCUGCACAUUAUGACAAAAUUACAAUAUUUGAUGACUCUGGAUAUUACAGUAAUUUUAAUUAUUAAAUUCAGACAAAAAAUAAUUCAUUUCUAUUAAUUUAGUUUAUCUCACUCCUUUGUCAGAUGGAAUACUGUCUAAUUAAACACACCUAAACCUCGCCCACAGCUGCAUUUCAAAUGGAGCUGCUAAAGUGGGCUGUACAUGGAGGAGUAAAACAGUGAGGGGAAAGGAGUGGCAGAAGAGUUUAUGACCAGAAAGCUGCAAAUUUACCUAGUUUGCACUAUAACUGCCAAAAAAAGGACUAUGAAGAGUAAAUGAUGCUAUUCAAACACCGUAUACACAGUUUAGUAGCAAACAAAUGAUAAAAAAUUGAAAAAGGUGUUUAGUUCCACUAUAUUAUUACAAUAUACUUUUUUUCAUAAACAAAUUGGAAUUUUAUCAUAAUAUGCAGCCCUUCACAACUUGACUCUCACUAGUGAUGACAACAAAGGAAGUUAUCAGGUUAUUGUUUAUUUUCAACAAUGCUUUACUCUGCAGUUUGGUACGGCACAGUUUUGGAUCUGGCUUGUUUUUCCACUACAGAAGUGCAUUGGGUAAUGGCUAAUAAUCUGCCAAAUGACCACACACAAACGAGUAAUUUGUAGAAAGUGUGACAAUGGGGACAAGAAUUAACCAUGUAAAAACACUCAAGUGCCAAUAAUAUGUUUUUAUAUUUAGAGAGGGAGUACUGUGCAAAAUAGAAUUUUUUUUGGAGCUUCCUACUGUAUUAUAACAUUGUUCGCUCAUUAGAAACAUGCCGGAAGAGGUUUUAAAUGUCAUCCAUGCAUGUUUGAGUAUUUUAGUGAUCUCUCAUGAACACUAUUCAGACCCUCCACUCACAACCUGCGUCAUCCCACACAACAAUAUAAUGCAUAAAUAAACAAAAACAUAAUAAAAAAAACUGUACACAACAACUUGACAAACCUGAUAUGAUGUGCAGUAGUUUCAUUAGUGGGAUGCACGUUGAAUGUGUUGUGAUAGCGCUGUGAAGGGGAAGCAAAACGAGGGGUGAAACUUUUUUUUUUUUAAUGUUAAUGCACUGUUUUGGGUAAACGUAGCAUUUUCAAAACAAUAAUAGGUAACACGGGGAUCUAAAUGUGUUAUGUUUUAGCAACACCCCCUCUUUAAAGAUGGAUUUCCUGUACCAUUCUGUGUUAUGUUGAGACUUUAGGACUGAAUGAUAAGCAACACUUUUUGCAGUCCAUUAUGAAUUACUAAAAACAAAUACUUCUGCUGAAAGAUUAAAAAAAAAACAAAAUCUAAGAAUCCCAUGCAUUUCAGAACAUAGAACAGAGGUCUAAACUACAGUAUUAGUAGGUAUUUCUUUUUUACAUAAUAGAAUAUAAGAUUUUUUUUUAAUUUAAAGAUGAAAUCAUGCAACUCAAAGAUGCUGUAUCAAAUCUUUCCUGUCAUAAAAAUGUGAAAAACAGUACUAGUUAUUUUUAAACCGUUUGCAGUGGUCCAAAGUCCUCACUAUGCAUUUGGAGCAUCACAAUUAUUCACCAUGAUGAGUUUUAUAAGCACUUUUCACAACUCAGAGAGUUAACUAGAAUGUAAAUGUGGACUUCUUCAUUCUUGAACAGUAAAAUGCAUUGUAAUUAGAUGCAGACUGCACACAGUGGAGGGCAUAUUUUGACUUUAAGAGUUGCUUAUACAAUAUGUCUGUACUGGAGCAAAUAGAUGAAGAGAUCGUGUACAGGGCCUUUAAAUAACUCUUUGUGUUACUAUUGAGAGCAUUCAAAUUUGGAUUAUUCUUACAUCUUACUGCUCUAGUCUAGACCUCUACAAACCUGUUCUGAAAAUAUAUGCACUAGUUUAUAUUGAAAUUUCAUCUUGUAUGAAAUGUCUGCAUUUGAACCAACUUUCAAAAUGAUAAGAUUUAAGCCCAAAUAUUAAAUCCAAGAUAAAGGCCUUCACAUGAAUGUUCCGUUUAAAUACAAAUAAAUAAAUAAAUAAAUAAAGGGGCAAUUUAAGCACACUGAGCAGUAAAAUACAAAAAUAAUAACUUCUCAGUGCAGCUCAACAGGUAGGGUCAGCAGAUUGUGUGUCCUGCAGCUUCAGAUCAGCCUCCAGGGGGAGCCAGGUGAACUCUGGAGACAUAAUAGGAGGCCUCUCCUCAGCCUCAGUCUCACUCAGCUCUGUUGUUUCGGUCACUGAUGAGAUGGGCCAUUCCCUUUGAAAUGUCUUCUGCCAUAUUUUGUGUAGAAAACCUGUUACUUUGGUGUAAAAAGUCUGCAGCAUUUCAGAGCUAGCUGGUUGGCAUAGCUAGCUUCAUACAGGGUUGCCAUGGAAACAGGAUGAACUGCUGAAAUCACACAGUCCAAUAGUCCUUAACUUCUGUGUUUUGAACUGCAGAAGCUGCAUUUCUUAGUUGGUCAAAAUCACAAAAUAUUAACUGAAAAAUGUAAGAUAAAAACUUUAAAAGUUUAAAAACUGCUCAAUGUGCCAACCAGUCAGCCACAAGAGCAGUCAACCAGGACCAUGGCAACCACAGUCCUUUUUGAGAAUAAAACAAUACCAAAAGUACGCCGUAUUAAACUGCAUUGUACUGCUUUGUAUUUUCAAUUUCAUUUAAUUUUCCAUUUUCAUGUUUACACCUUGCCUGUUCAUUUCAAAUUCUUUGUGGAUAGAGGUGGGUAGUAUUCAGUUACAAACUUACUCAAGUAAGUUUUACUUCAGAUACCACACUUUUGCUCCUUUUUGAGUAAUGUAUUGUACAGUCUAACAGUACUCUUACAUGACUAAAAGUUUUGGUUACUCUUCCCACUGUGAGUAAGUCUGCAAAGUGACAAAAGCUUUAUGUUGAUAAUAUAAAUACAUUUGAACAUUUGUGUUUCUUGCACUUCGCUUUUUGAUAUGAUUUAGUUUGUCUCAUUUUUGUGGUCCAUCUUUUGAAAACACAAAAUUUUGUGCAUUAUUUCACAUUUUGUCCCUCCAGUUACAUUAACCUCAAAUCAUUAACUAGAUGUUACAAAGUGGGAGAUACUCUUACUUGAGUAGUCGUUUCGCCCAAACACUUUUUUUUAAACUCUUACUUGGACCACUACUUUGUAUUUAUACUUGAGUAAUGUUAUUUUCAAGUAACAGUACUACUAUACCCACCUCUGUCUGUCUCUCGUCUUCAGCUGGGUGCCCUCCACCUCUUCUCCUGUCUGGCCACGUUUCCACGACAUCAUUUGUGUUGGUUGAUCCGGUGGAAUCUAUUGUAAAUAUAAGCCGAGCUGGUGCUGUCUAUUGUGGUACAUAGUGUAAAAAAGACUCCUUGUACAAUCUGACAUUAAAAACAAUGCAAGUGUUA